CGUUUGAUUGCUUGCUCGGGCUUUUGAGUUCGCCGCUUGCUGCAUGAACCGCCGCGGGAUCUAAUUGGAUCCGCCGCUGUAGCGUGGAAUGGUGUUUCGACGAUUGUGGCGUCUGGAGGUGGCUUGGUUUUGGAUCAGUCUCCUGGGGGGUAGGUCGAGGUUUGGAGAUUGAGUAAGUUCAGCUGAUGCUUCAAUUGGUUAGGAUGCGGGGGGUGCUUCAACUGUAUAUAGAAAGGCUGAGAGGCCUUUUAUAUGCUCAAUUUUCUCCAGAAGCUAUGGACAAACAGAAAAGCUUCCCUAAAAGUUGCAAUGAAGUAUACCCUAUUUAUGACAUGAAAGGAGUGCACAAAGUUGCACGUUCUUAGUCACAGCUAGAGCUAGAGGAGAUGCAUCAGAGGCUGGUGUGCUUGAUCUGAAACGGCUGCAGAAAUAUGCGAGAGAUGGGCCAUCUGAUACAUUAGCAUUAGCAAAAUGGCGCAUCCUCAACAGAUUGCAUGACAGAAAUGAAACAAUGUACUACAAGGUUCUAAUAAAUAACAUUGAGGAGUAUGCGCCUAUUGUCUACACACCAACCGUUGGACUUGUUUGCCAAAAUUACAGUGGUUUGUUUCGACGGCCUAGGGGAAUGUAUUUUAGUUCAGACGAUCGUGGGGAGAUGAUGUCUAUGGUGUACAAUUGGCCAGCGGAUCAGGUUGACAUGAUAGUAGUGACUGAUGGAAGCAGGAUUUUGGGCCUCGGUGAUCUGGGGGUUCAAGGUAUUGGCAUUGCUAUUGGAAAAUUGGAUUUAUAUGUUGCUGCUGCUGGAAUAAAUCCUCAAAGGGUUCUUCCCGUUAUGAUCGAUGUUGGAACGAACAAUGAGAAGCUCCUCAAGGAUCCUCUUUAUCUCGGGCUACAAGAGCACCGUCUUGAGGGAGACGAAUAUGUCUCAGUUAUUGAUGAAUUCAUGGAAGCUGUUUUUACUCGCUGGCCUAAUGUUAUUGUACAGUUUGAGGACUUCCAAAGUAAAUGGGCCUUUAGGCUGUUGCAGCGUUACAGAAAGACUUAUCGCAUGUUUAAUGAUGAUGUUCAGGGAACUGCUGGCGUUGCAAUAGCUGGCCUUUUAGGAGCUGUACGGGCACAAGGAAGGCCAAUGAUAGAUUUCCCAAAGCAAAGGAUUGUUGUUGCUGGUGCUGGCAGUGCUGGUAUUGGAGUGGUGAAUGCUGCAAGCAGAACUAUGGCAAGAAUGUUGGGAAACAAUGAGGUUGCUUUUGAGAGUGCGAGGAGCCAAUUCUGGAUAGUUGAUGCCCAUGGUCUAAUAACAGAAGACCGUGCAGACAUUGACCCAGAUGCACGACCUUUUGCUAGGAGAAAGGGUGAGCUUGGUCACCAGGGCCUAAGUGAGGGGGCAAGCUUAGUUGAAGUGGUUAAAAAGGUGAAGCCUGAUGUCAUACUUGGAUUAUCUGCAGUUGGUGGUUUGUUCUCGAAGGAGGUUCUGGAAGCACUAAAAGAUUCAUCCUCUUCGAGACCAGCAAUUUUUGCAAUGUCAAACCCAACUAAAAACGCUGAGUGUACACCUGGAGAAGCCUUUUCAAUUCUGGGUGAAAAGGCCAUCUUUGCUAGUGGAAGCCCGUUCCAUGAUGUGGAUCUUGGUGAUGGGAAGAUUGGCCACUCCAAUCAAGGGAAUAACAUGUACCUCUUUCCUGGAAUAGGGCUAGGAACCCUUCUGUCUGGUGCUCGGGUUAUCUCUGAUGGAAUGCUGCAGGCUGCAGCAGAACGUUUGGCUUCAUACAUGAAAGAAGAGGAGGUUCUCCAAGGGAUAAUUUAUCCUCCCAUCUCCAGAAUACGUGACAUCACUAAGGAGGUGGCGGCAGCAGUUGUGAGGGAAGCAGUAGCAGAGGAUCUAGCUGAGGGAUACCGUGAAAUGGAUGCACGUGAGCUUGCACGACUCAGCGAGGAAGAAACUAUGGAAUAUGUCAAGACGAACAUGUGGAGCCCUGUCUAUCCAACAAUAAUAUACAGGAAAGACUAGAGGGGUCUGUUUGCUAUUUCACAUAUGUUCAAUGACAUGUACAAUUUACUUUAGGCUGCACUCUGUAUGUUUACUUCAGAAGUGUAGGUAUGCUAUUUAUAAGCAAGCAGCCUUGACUGUUUUCGUGCAUAUGCCAUGCGGUAGGUCAAAGGCAUUGACCUAAUAAGUUUCAACUGAACUUAGUACCAUCAGAGGUACCUUUAGGCCUAUGUUAUAGGCUCCAUUUCCUGACGCGUUUCAUUGAGCUGAACAUUUUUCUAUCUUAAAUGUCAGCUGUUAUAGGCUCCA